AUGGAGAUAUUUUGUAAAGGUUUGAAUGUGCAUACAAGGACGGUAGUUGAUGCUUCUGGAAAUGGUACCUUGUUAGAUAAAUCUUAUAAUGAAGCAUUUGAGAUUUUGGAAAAGAUUGUCAACAAUAAUUAUCAAUAUCCUACCACGAGAGUUGGGAUGGGUAAGAAAGCUGCUGAAGUGGGAGACAAUCAUGGAAAGAAUUUAGAAGCAACUGACAAGCAUAUUACACUUGAAAAGGGUAAACAGUUGAAUGUUGUAGUAAAAUUAGAUCAUGUUGCCAACAAAAAUGUCACAACAAAAAAAUAUCAACAAUCUAAUGGACGACCACCUUUGCCUUUUUCUCAGCAAUUCCAUAAUCCUAAACAGGAUGUUCAGUUCAAAAGAUUUUUGGAUGUUUUGAAGGAACUCCAUAUCAACAUAACGCCAGUGGAAGCUUUGGAGAAUACGCCCAAUUAUGUGAAGUUUAUGAAAGAUAUACUGUCAAGGAAGUCCAAAUUGGGAGAAUUUGAAACUGUUGCUCUCACUGAAGGGUGCACAAUAAUGUUGAUGAAUAAGUUAACUUCAACAUUGAAGGCCCCAAGGAGUUUCACUAUCCCAUGUUCAAUUGGAAAUCAUUAUGUUGGUAAUGCAUUAUGUGAUUUAGGAGUGAGUGCAAAUCUAAUGUUGAUGUCUAUUUUUAGGAAACUGGGAAUUGAGAAAACAAGACCUACUAUAGAUACGUUGCAACUGGCUGAUCGAUCGUAUGCACAUCCGGAAGAAUGUGAAGCUAACCAGGAUGUACCAAUUAUUCUUGGAAGACCUUUUCUUGCUACUGAAUACCACACCAUUGGGUUGAUAGAAACAACAGUAGAGGAAGAGUUUGAAAAAUUUUGCAACAACAAUUCUGAUAGUGAUGAAGACUCUCUUGAGUGGAGUGACACAGUAAUUUUUGAGGACAUUGGUGAACUUAUGAAAGCCAAGCAGUUUGUAGAUAGACUAGGGAAGAAGUUUGAAUCAUUGAAUUUAUCAGAUCACUCUUUUAAUCCUCCUAAACCUUCUAUUUGGGAAACAACAACACUUUUCUAG